CAAAAUAAUUCGACGUUCAGAUUGUUUUAUAUUUGUGACUGGCAAUCUAAACGUCAAAACUUUAAAGGACCAAAAUAAUGGAGGAUGAAUCACAGUACACAGUCAUGUAAAAUUAUUGGUUUUAUCGCUUGUGCAUAUUGGCGUGUAUACAGGGUAAAUGUUAAUCGUGUACUGUACAUACACCAAGAAAUCACCAGAAAAUUCGUAAUUUUGGAUAUUGUUUGAUAAUUUUUACAUAAAUUAAUGAGGAAUUGAAUCCCCUUUUGAUACAUACUGUCAGACAUGCGGGAAACAUUACUAAUAGGGAUCAUGUUACUGUGAUUCAGAAUGAGUCAAUACUCGCUGGUAGAUGAUUCCUCUACGGCACUAGCCAUGUUGCCUCAGGAUGACCGGCCUACCAACCCUGCCAGUACCAGUACCAGUGCCAGUAUCCUUGAAAAGAAAACAGACUUCAACAUUCUAGAGAAACUCAAGUAUUUGAGAGAUAACAAAAAGUUCUGCGAUGUGAUUCUUGAAGUGAGGGGAGUUCAGUUUGUAGCCCAUAAGAAUGUCUUAGCCUCUUGGAGUCCUGUUCUCGGAUCAAAAUUGUACAGUGAUGAUCCAAAAGUGUAUAAAGAUCAUAUAAUAGUGUACUAUGAUAACAGUGAGGUGUUCUCAGAUCUACUUGACUUUAUGUACAAUGGUUAUGUUGCACCGAGAGAAACAAAUUUUCUACAGCUUCUCCAUUUAGCAGUUAGUUUUCAAAUCGAAACACUGAAAAAUUACUGUGAGGAAUUUCUAAGAUGCAAUCUCCACUUGGGAAAUUUUGUCAGUACAUAUUUUCUGAGCAGAAAGUUCAAACUGGAGACUUUAGAAGAAUAUAUUGUCGGAUUCUUGCAGCUAAACUUGUCUGAUGCUGUUAAGCAAGGAGAGUUCCUUUCACUGAAAGCGGAAAAAUUCAACACGUUUUUAUCAGAAGGUUGGAUGAAGAAGAUUAAACCAGAGAUUAAGUUGUUCCUGAUCAUAAGUUGGGUGGGAUAUGAUGUUCAGGAACGUGAAAAAUAUCUUGUAGUCCUUCUUGGGCAUAUUGACUGGUCCACUGUUGCCAACGAUUUUCUCUUGGAGAUCAACAGAACAGAGAAUUUCUUCACUACCCAUGAAUCUAGUCUCUAUUUACUGCUACAGACAUUGUUUAGUGCUGGAAUCCCAUUAGGUCCUUAUAAGGAAGUGUUUCCGCAGCUGAGACAAAAUCAUUCCGCCAUUUUGAAAGAAGUGGUACACACAAAUCUGUUGAAAGUUGACACCGAGCAGUUUAACCCAGUUACAAUAUCCGUUAAAUUUAGGCCUUUUCUGAAAGAUUCUGCUAUAAAUACUGACACCUCGCAGCUUCCAUGCAAUCUUAAAGAAACUGCAGUUAAUACAGAUGUAAACAGUCUCCACUUUGAAGAGUCUGAAAAAGAAGUUCAACCAGUUGAAGAACAGUCAACACUCAUUGAAGAACAACCUGUAGUCAGUGAAAGUAGUAAGUAUGAGCAAUUUGAAACAUUAGGAGAUUUUAUCGAAGCAGAGAUCCAUGAGAUAAACCAAAAGGAAAAAGAAAGACUAAUUUUAAAGGAGCACCAAGAAGAAAUUACUGAAACAUUAGUAGAUCUGAAGGAAGAAAAAACUCCAAAAAAAACUGACAAGAAAACCACAAGAAGGUCAAGUCGUCAGACAAGUAGAAAAAAAGCUACUGGAUUUUAUAAAGAUUUUAAUGAUGAAAAUGACUUUGAAAGUUCAGCUGUGAAAAGAGAUAGUGAAGAGUUUGAAGUAGAAGAAAGUUCUGAGAAAAUUGUUCAGAAAGUAGAAGCAGAAGUGUUUGAAGUAGAAACCAAAGCAAAGUUUGAAGAAGAAGAAAUUACCUCUGAAGAAUCAGAGGAGAGUUUAAGUGAAGAUGAUGAUGAAGAAAAUGAGGGGAAGAAGAAGAUAGAGAGGAGUAGGGUCAAAGGGAGACAAUCUGGGAGAGGUUUGAAAAGGGGAAAGAGAAAAAGAGCAUCAGAUGCAAAUGUUAAAGUCAUGGGAUGCAAAUACGAUGAUUGUGCGUAUAUGACAAAAUUCCCAACAAGAAUGGAGAAACAUAUAAAAACUGCACAUGAGGCUUCGUUUGAUCUGAGAUGUAAUCUGUGUCAAUUUGAAAGUAAAGAAGUGAGAAAAUAUAACAAACACAUGAAAGAACAUUUUCCAGGACCACCUUUCAACUGUGAUUAUCCAAGAUGUACAUACAGUUCAGAGAAGAUACAGCCAAUGUUAACACACAGGGCGGUGCAUUCUGAUGAAAGGCCAUAUACCUGUCACUGUGGUAUGAGAUUUAGAACCAACAACACACUCAUUGCCCAUAAGAAGGUUCAUUUAGGUAAGAAGGAGUAUACCUGUCCAGAUUGUGGAAUCUCAUUUGCCACGAAGAACACGCUAAGUCAGCAUAGUGUGAAGCACAGUGAUAUGCGGCCCUAUCUGUGUGAUCUGUGUGGAUUUUCUACCAAGUUUCAGUCACAUCUUAUUGCUCAUAAACGCAUACAUACAGGGGAAGUUUUCAAGUGCCAGUUCCCAAACUGUUCCUACUUCACUCCGAAACGAAGCCAGCUAAAGGCGCAUAUGCGUGCUCAUCUUGGUAUUCGCGCUCAUGUCUGUGAGGUAUGUGGGAAAACGUUCAUAGAACGAAGCCAUUUGGUCCGUCAUGAAAAACUUCAUACAGACAGCAGACUGCAGUGUGAAAAAUGUGAAUACUCAACAACAAGGAAAGAUAAAUUGAAAGAUCAUAUUAAAAAGCACCAUAGUGGUGCUGCAGCCCUAAAACCUGUAAAGAAAGCAAAAAUGAUCAGUACAAGUAAAUCAAAGAAGUCUGCUGCAAAUGAUAAUGAUAGUAUUAUUAAAGAGGACGAGAGUUUGGAGGUGAAUACGCCACUCAUGGUGAAAUGGGAUCAUGGUAGCUACUCGUUAGCUCAGGAUUCACAAGACUCGCCAAUUCAGGAAGGCGAUACAGAACCUCUGCUUAACACGGAAGGCGACUAUUGUGUUCUUAGAGAGCAAUUAGGAACUGGCGAACCUAUGCAACAAAUUUUAACAAUAGAUCAAAUUAAUGGGUCAAUUAGCGUUGCUAAGGCAUUAGACACGUCUAAUAUUGUGGUACAAGCUGCAAGUCCUAUCGUCAACAGCGAAGCUUCACUGCAAAAUCAAGCAGUGACUGUCAUUUCUUCUAGUGUUCCUUGCCUAAAUAUAGUGUCGAGUCCGGAUCAUAUUAAUUCAGUUGUGAAUGGUUCUAUAGUGUCGUCUGGAGCAGAAACAACAGAUCAAAAUUCACAGACUUACACAAUUAUACAAACACCUGCCGGGACAGCAACACAACAAGAAUAUGGGGGCCUCAGUGCAUUCAUGGCUUUGUUUUAGACACCAAUUUAAACCGAGUAGUACAUUUUCUUAGCGAAAUUAUUUUUAUUGAACAUACUUUAUUUAUAAGAGAAUGCAUUCUCAUAUCUAAUUUGAGCAUAAAAUGCUAUUAUAACAGACUGCUGAUAAUCAGAGGCUGUCCUUACUUCCUGUCAUUAACACUUUAAAGGUGGUCAAUCAGAUUUGAGCAUUUUAUGACAUUUUUCAGAUUUUGUAUGUUCUUUUUGAAAUUUACCUAAGGAACAAAACUUUAGACAUGUUACAUAGAGUUAGAUCCCUAUUGGAAAUGUGUAUUUUAUGAAAUUUUGAAAUUACCUCCCUUUAAUAUAAAAGUAUUUAAAGAGUAUACUAUUUCUAUUGAUUUCAAUAUAAUUUCUAGUUUUACAUUUUGUAUUUGAUAAAUAUUGGAAUAUUUCAAUAACUCGAAACAAAUGCAAGUUUUAAAACAGCAUGUAGCUUCGGAAUUCAUCUAUUUUCAAUCUGUCCUGGUUGCGCAACCAAGAUAGACAAUAAGUACUUAUAAACAUUAGUGCUUAUAUUCAUAUUCUAGCAUAAAACUGCUGUUCUUGUCACUUUUUGGGUGUGUUUUAACAAGAGAGAAAUCGUAUAUUAACAGAGAGAAUGAUGCACGCGCUCACAUGCUGUUAUAACACCUUUUUAGCUCGACUAUUCAUAGAAUAGUAGAGCUAUUGGACUCGCCCAUGCGUCGGCGUCCGCGUCCCGAUUUGGUUAAGUUUUGUAUGUAAGCUGGUAUCUCAGCAACCACAUGUGGGAAUGGAUUGAAACUUCACACACUUAUUCACUGUGAUAAACUGACUUACAUUGCACAGGUCCCAUAACUCUAUUCUGCUUUUUUACAAAAUUAUGCCCCUUUUUCGACUUAGAAAUUUUUGGUUAAGGUUUUGUAUGUAAGCUGGUAUCUCAGUAACCACUUGUGGGAAUGGAUUGAAACUUCACACACUUAUUCACUGUGAUAAACUGACUUACACUGCACAUGUCCCAUAACUCUAUUUUGCUUUUUUACAAAAUUAUGCCCCUUUUUCGACUUAGAAAUUUUUGGUUAAGGUUUUGUAUGUAAGCUGGUAUCUCAGUAACCACUUGUGGGAUGGAUUGAAACUUCACACACUUAUUCACUGUGAUAAACUGACUUACAUUGCACAGGUCCAUAACUCUAUUUUGCUUUUUUACAAAAUUAUGCCCCUUUUUCGACUUAGAAUUUUUUGGUUAAGGUUUUGUAUGUAAGCUGGUAUCUCAGUACUCACUAAUUGGAAUGGAUUGAAACUUCACACACUUGUUCACUGUCAUGAUCUGACAUGCACAAAGCAGGUUCCAUAACUCUAUUUUGCUUUUUUACAAAAUUAUGCCCCUUUUUCGACUUAGAAUUUUUUGGUUAAGGUUUUGUAUGUAAGCUGGUAUCUCAGUAUCCACUAAUGGGAAAGGAUUGAAACUUCACACACUUGUUCACUGUCAUGAUAUGACAUGCAGUGCAAAGGGUCAAUAACUCAACUUUGCAUUUUACAAAAUUAUGCACCUUUUUAAACUUAGGAGUUUUGGGUUAAAUUCUUAUAUGUAAGCUGGUAUCUCAGUACCCUCUAAUGGGAAUGGAUUGAAACUUCACACACUUGUCCACUGUCAUGAGCUGAUAAGCACUAUGCAGGUUCCAUAACCCUAUUUUGCUUUUUUUAAAUUAUGCCCCUUUUUCGACUUUCGUAUUCAUUCAGUCGACAAGGCUGUUGAAUAGUCGAGCGUUGCUGUCCUCCAACAGCUCUUGUUAUAUUAUAUUAUGCACGUUCUGUGGCAAAGCGAAAAUGUAUUAUGGCCCCAAAAUGGAUAAUUCAAAUGGAAAUGACAUCAAUGUGAAAAAACAACUCCAAAAUUCCUGCCCAUUUCAUGGAAAUUUAAUGACGUUGAGGGAUAAUGUAUUCAUUUAUUAGUUUUUUCGCAUUUUAUGCUAGAAUAGCGUUAGCGCAUGUUCAUUUCAUGUUAUAACAUCUUCAGAAUCCCGAAAGAUCAUUAUAACAUGAAAAAACAUGGGUUAUCCCUACAUUAUUUCUUAACCAAAAUAUGUUUAUUUAAUUUAUGCUAAAAUAAUGCUGUCUCGCAUAUUUUCUCACUUCGAGGUGAGAUAUAUUCAAUAUUCACGAAAAACAAACAAAUUUUUCUUUUUAUUUUAUGCUCAGUUACGUUGAGAUGUGCAUUUUGCAACAGUUUUUAAUCUCAGUGCAGGAAACAGACGCGCGUAAACAGAUAUGACGUCAGACAUGUGACGUUAGAAAGACGCACACAACAUAAAGUUCCAUUUUAUUUUAUAUUUUGCUGCAUAAUGUUAUGAAAUUCUCACUAAGUAAAAUAAUUUGAAUCGAGAAAUAUACUACAAGAACAAAGUGUGACUACAAUUUUCAUCCUGUUUUAAGCAAAUAAUAUAAAAUUCAUACACAGUGUAUGAGGGGGCGGAGCUAUACCUCUCACAGUGUGAAAAUAUUGAUUUCAUAUUUUUUCACUGUUAGUGAUGAGAUAUAAAAAUAUUUAACUGAUAGAAUACAGUAUUUCAUUAGUUAGCAUAAAAUAAAAUAAUCAGUUGGUUAAGUUUAGAACAAAUCCAUUAGUUGACAAAACAAUUUUGAAUGAAAAUUUCCCAAAUGACUGUUCUAUUUAUGGGAUUUUACUGUUUUUCAGUUGUUUUGCUACAUCAUAUUAAGAUUCCAUGUGUUUUUAGAUUAAGUAAAAAGCAGUAACUUAUUUUUGAACAAUUAUUAAAAUGCCAUUCCACAAAUUUUCUUAAAUUAUCUGUUUGUUGCAAUUUUUCCCACUUUAAAGAUACAGACAUUCUCAAAUUUAUGGAAAAGGGCAUGAAUUGUGUGUGUUUUAAAUCUUUCAUUAUCAGUUAUAAAUACAUUGUUCUGGUGUUAACAUUUUGAAAAUUCACUAAUUUAGAGAUGAUUGAGAGAAUUUUUUCUUUAUUAUGCUGAAAUUAUUGAAGAUAACGGAUGACAGUAUUUUAACCAGUACACUUUACAUUAAAUUUAUCAAUAAAAUUUAAAAUCUAAAAAUUGAAGCCCCCACAAAACAGCCAUUUUGGCCAGACCACAAAUUGUAGUGCCCAGAAGAUUAAAUUUUGGUAAAUACUUGCUUAUUCAGCUGUGUAAAAUACAACUAAAGCCUGCUAAACUACUAUUUGGUUCACACCAACAGAGGGAUUUUGCAAGAACAGUUUCCUUAUUUUGCAAGAACCAAGUAUAUCAUUGUAAGUGUAUCUUGAUAUGAUAUAUAAUUGUAUUUACGGGAACCUUCUGAAUGUUAAAGAAGUCUUGAAUCAAUUUAAUUUUACAGAUAAACUUGGAGAUCUUGUAAAAAUAGUUUGUCAAAGAAAUUUUGUCCCUUUUUCACAUUUACAGAUAACUUAGAUUAUAAGGAGAGAUGCAGUUUUAACCUCAUCAAGACUUAAGCCUAAGAUAUCUUAGUGAAUUGAAAACACCUUUGAUUUUCUUACUUCGCUUAGGUUCGAAGUAUAAGUCAGUUUCAAUCAAAUUUACAGUAUUAAAGUAUCAUGAUAAUUGAAUUUGCCCAAUAUCCUUGAUUUCUUUGUUAGAAUUUAUGAACAUUUCCUACUUCUGCUCAGAAACAGGUGUUGAAGAGUUAAAGGUAUUAAAAAGUUGUUCCAACCUUGUUUCCAUUACUGUUUUAUUAUGAACAUUCAUUUUUAGCUCACCUGUCACAAAGUGACAAGGUGAGCUUUUGUGAUCGCGCGGUGUCCGUCGUCCGUCCGUCCGUGCGUCCGUCCGUAAACUUUUGCUUGUGACCACUCUAGAGGUCACAUUUUUCAUGGGAUCUUUAUGAAAGUUGGUCAGAAUGUUCAUCUUGAUGAUAUCUAGGUCAAGUUCGAAACUGGGUCACGUGCCUUCAAAAACUAGGUCAGUAGGUCUAAAAAUACAAAAACCUUGUGACCUCUCUAGAGGCCAUAUAUUUCACAAGAUCUUCAUGAAAAUUGGUCAGAAUGUUCACCUUGAUGAUAUCUAGGUCAAGUUCGAAACUGGGUUACGUGCCAUCAAAAACUAGGUCAGUAGGUCUAAAAAUAGAAAAACCUUGUGACCUCUGUAGAGGCCAUAUAUUUCACAAGAUCUUCAUGAAAAUUGGUCAGAACCUUCAUCUUGAUGAUAUCUAGGUCAAGUUCGAAACUGGGUCACGUGCCAUCAAAAACUAG